AUGCCGUCCUUCAAAGUUUCUCUGUUGGACUAUGGAGCUGGAAAUGUGAGAUCGGUUCGCAACGCCAUCACCAGCAAUGGCUACGAGAUUGAGGACAUCACGACGCCCUCCCAGAUCGAUGAGGCCAAGGUUCUGAUUUUCCCGGGAGUUGGGUCCUACGGUUCGGCCAUGAAAGUGUUGCACGAAAAGGGAUUCUACGAACCACUCAAAAAGUACCUGGCCAACCAUGAUCGUCCCUUUUUGGGUAUUUGCUUGGGCAUGCAGACUCUUUUUGAGUCUUCUGAUGAGUUCAGCCCCGACGCAGAUCAUGCCAUUGAAGGAUUGGGAGUGAUCCCUGGAAAGGUUCGCAAGUUUGACGAAACCAAAAUGGCAGUUCCCCACAUUGGUUGGAACGGACGCAUUCAUCACCAAGAAAGUCCCGUGCUGAAAUAUGUGGCCCCGGAAGAAGAUGUUUAUUUCGUCCACUCCUACUUUGCACCUGUAAAUGACGACAACAAAGACUGGGCCAUGACCAGUACUACCUAUGGUGGGCAGCACUUUAUGAGUUCGGUUCACAAGGGGAGUCUCGUUGGUUGUCAAUUCCAUCCAGAAAAAAGCGGUGUCACCGGUUUGAAUGUGUUGAAGGGAUUCCUAGAGGCAGUUGAGAAUGGAACUUUGAAUCAAACCAAAUCGCUCACAGUGAACCCCGACGCCACUACUCAAUUGGUUAAGCGUGUGGUGAUUGCACUUGACGUGCGAUCCAAUGAUCAUGGAGACUUGGUUGUCACAAAAGGAGAUCAGUACGAUGUACGUGAAAACGAAAAGGAAGGUGUUGUGGAGGGCCGUGGUGGAGUGAGGAAUCUUGGAAAACCUGUUGCCUUGGCCAGUCGCUACUACCAAGAAGGUGGUGAUGAGAUUGCAUUUCUCAACAUUACCAGUUUCCGCCAAGGCGUCAUCGAAGACAUGCCUAUGCUGCAGGUCCUAGAGGAGGCUUCAAAGAGCAUCUUUGUUCCUUUGACGGUGGGAGGUGGCAUUCGCAGCUACACAGAUCCGCAGUCAGGACAAACAUGGUCCGCAUUGGAAGUGGCAAAUCGAUAUUUCCGUGCUGGCGCUGAUAAGGUCAGUAUAGGUAGCGACGCCGUCAUUGCUUCAGAAGACUACAUCAAAUCUGGUAAGAAGAAGACCGGUGAGACUUCCAUAGAAAUGAUCUCGCAUGUGUACGGAGCGCAGGCAGUUGUAAUAUCUAUCGACCCAAAGCGUGUUUAUGUUAAGAGCAAGGAUGAAGUUGUGAACAAAGAUCACGUGGUAGUUGAACUCGACAAGUCACAGGCUGGGCCCAAUGGAGAGACGCUGUGCUGGUAUCAAUGUACUGUCAAGGGCGGCCGGGAAGCCAAGGACAUUUGCGCUGUGACGGUAGCCAAGUCCGUGGAAGAUCUUGGUGCCGGCGAGAUUAUGCUCAACUGUAUCGACAUGGAUGGACAAUGCAAGGGUUUUGAUAUCCCCUUAAUGAAUGCAGUGUCAAAUGCCGUCACUAUCCCUGUCAUUGCUAGUAGCGGAGCCGGGAAGCCGGAGCACUUCAGUGACGUCUUCAAGGAGACCAAAGUCCAGGCUGCCCUGGCUGCUGGGAUGUUCCAUCGAAAAGAGGUUGAGAUUGAAGAAGUGAAAGAGCACAUGCGACAACAAAGCAUUCCAACUCGGACAAAGGCCGCCACAGUACAGGGAAGUUAG